CUCCUACUGGCCUCUAGCGAAGAAGAAGACGGCAGGAACGUCCAGAUUCCAAACAGAUUCCCGUUGGAGAGUCAGAAAUAUUCCUGAUUUUUAUUUAAUAAAGAAUCAAAUAUUGGACUAACCGCGUCUUGUUAACACGAUGGGCACCAGAGACGAUGAGUAUGACUAUCUAUUCAAAGUGGUCCUCAUCGGAGACUCCGGGGUCGGGAAGAGUAACCUGCUGUCCCGCUUCACCCGCAACGAGUUCAACCUGGAGAGUAAGAGCACCAUCGGGGUGGAGUUUGCCACGCGCAGCAUCCAGGUGGACGGUAAGACGGUGAAGGCCCAGAUCUGGGAUACGGCGGGCCAGGAGCGCUACCGCGCCAUCACCUCAGCGUAUUAUCGUGGCGCCGUCGGAGCGCUGCUGGUCUACGACAUCGCCAAACACCUGACGUACGAGAACGUGGAGCGCUGGCUGAAGGAGCUGAGGGACCAUGCCGACAGCAACAUCGUCAUCAUGCUGGUGGGAAACAAGAGCGACCUGCGCCACCUGCGGGCCGUCCCCACCGACGAGGCCCGGGCGUUCGCCGAGAAGAACGGCUUGUCCUUCCUGGAGACGUCGGCUCUGGACUCCACCAACGUUGAGACGGCCUUCCAGACCAUCCUGACAGAGAUCUACCGUAUCGUCUCCCAGAAGCAGAUGUCGGAGCGCCAGGAAAGCGACAUGUCGCCUAGCAACAACGUGGUCAACAUCCAGGUGCAGCCCACCGAGAACAAACCAAAGAUGCAGUGCUGUCAGAACAUCUAGCCCGGCGUUGGAUCUGCUGCUACCUCCCCCCCUCCUCUCCCUUCCUCCCCCCGUCCCGAACAGACUGCCUCGGCGUAGAAAGAUCGAGCCGCAGAUUCAAUCCUGCGACCUGAACUCUUUCACCCCUCCCCUUUCCUCCCCCCCUCCCCCUCCUGUCUUUAGGCUACUGCAGGACAGCAGGCAUUCAUAUCACCAUAGAUUCCAUUACUGUAGAUGCGCUGACAUGUCACUGAAAUGUCUUAAAUAUGAAUGUGAUUCUUUUUCUUCCAGCUCUGUGCUUCUGAUGAUUUCUGCUUCAUGUUUGUUUCACGUCUAUCCCAGCUUUCCCCGUCCUAUUAGUCCCGCCCCCUCCUCUUUAGUGGACGAACCGAGCGCCCGUGCUGCAGAAACGUCACACCGUUGAAUCUGAUCUGAUCUAAGCAGUUCUAGCCUAGCCUAGCUUAGCCUAGCCUAGCGGUGGGACAUAGAAGACGCAUCAGGCUGUCCUUCACCAACUUUCAGUAAAACACGUCAUUUUGUCCCAUUUCUGACUCCAACUAUGCAGAAACAGCACAGGCUCCUUGGAUCCCCUGUUCAAGCACUUCUAAAGCGAAUGAAGGACUGAAACGCUAAUAUUCCUGAAUGACAUUCCUUUGAUCCGCUGUUAUGUUAGACUGAUUGUUGCAGCUCAUUCUGCGUUGCAUGUAGGGCUAGAGCGGAGCCUCACAGGCUGGACUUCAUGAGCACCAAGCGUCUGAAUCUUGCACUGAAUAUUAACCCCACCUGCUUUUCUUUAGAGUUCGAUUUGUUUUCUGCACUUAUAGAAUGAGAACCACUGUUAUUGAACCACUGCCUGAAGCCGAGGAGCUUUCUGGAAAGCAAAGGAAUCAAUCUGAGGUGGAUUGAUGGAGCUACCUUCUCCCCAUCUCAUUUUCCCGCCUCCUGGCGUCGCCUGCACAUGAAGCCUACGUACACCGCGCUGCCUCUGACUUCGACACGAUGCAUGGCUUUCUGUCGUACCGCCUUACGUAGCGAACAUACCCAUUCCAUCCGCUGGAAGCAUGAAGGCGACGCUCCGACGGGGUGCCGUUUGUUUCCAGCUCUGACCCCCUGACUGCGUCCUGCUUGUAGUUUAAAUCCGGAGUGUGUGUGUUUAGUGGUAGAGGGCAGCCUCUCUGGACGAGCUGAUUCCUUUGGUCCGAGUUCUGAUCCUGUUCCGCCACGGUUCUCUGUCCUCGUUGUUUUUUUUUAAACCGUUUUUUUUUUUUUUUUACUAUAUUCUGUAAUUGACUGUAAUUUCAUUGAAACACGAGUGAAAUGUCAUUUCAAAGGAAGUCGGACGGUGAAACGUGAGCGAGGGUCAAAAUGAAUGGUUUUAUGUUUUGUACAGACCAAUGAAUUGUACAAUUAUGUCUAUAUCUUAAGUUAUCAGUUUAUCUUAAUAAAGCGCACCAGUCAUAAACCUU